GAAGUUACUGUCUCUAAAUGUAAUGUCUCAACGUUUACAAUUGUACGGUGUUUUGAAAAAUCUUGGUUGAAACCUGUUAUAUUGUUACCAUAUGGGUUGGUAGCCUGCUGUUUCUAAGCAAUGACAAACGCAAUCCAGUGAUAUACCAGUAAACACAUCAAAUAAGGUGUCUCCGGUUGCCCAGACACCACUGAAAAGCCGGUUCCUGUUUUAAGAAUAGGGAUCUUGCCCGCAGAAAACACUUUCCAGAAAAACGUCUGUUAUGCCUCCGAAGAAAAAGAGUAUAGCAAAAGUGAAUAAAACUGAGAAAAAGGAGAAAUCGGGUGAAGUCCUAGACGAUAGAAAGGAUCUUUUGGAGAAGUACAGGCGAAACGACGUGGAGGUAGCGGUGCUGAAAGAACAUCUCGCCCUCCGGGCGGAGGCCGCGCGCAGAGCUCAGAGCACCAGCGCAGACUUGCGGUCCCGCGUGCGAGAGCUCGAGCAGAAGGUCAUGCAGGGACAGCGUGACAAACGGGACAUUACUACAGAACUCAACCGGCAGAAUAUGAGAGCGCAGAGGGAAAUGGAGAUUCAAGUUCACAGACUGGAGACUGAGGCCAGAGAUCUUUCCCAGCGACUCGCCGAGUGCAGGGAGCAGCUGGGCGCAGAGAGAGAUGCGCAGAAGCGGAUGACAGCGGAGAAGGAUGCCACUAUCGCUUACCUGCAAGCGAGGCUAGAUCGUAUGGACAGCGACUAUGAGAGGAUCCUGAAUGAUUGCCUGGACAGUUUACUGACCCUCUUGGCUGGAGAGCGACAGAAGUGGCAGGGGGAGAGCACCUUCACUCACCAGGAGCUGAAGAGUGUGCUGUCCGAGGUCAACCUGAACCCACUCGGAACCUCCUGGAACCCCGUCCUGGAGGUCAAAGGCUGGCCAGCUCUGCAGUGCAAGUGGAGCUAAUUCAAAUUGUGUCAGGUGCAAAAUGUUUUUGUUUUUUUGAAGAAUGCUUUUAAUGUACAGAGUAAAACUACAAACGAAUAAAAAUGGAAAUCAGGUUUACUAU